AGUGACGGAGAUGCUAGGCCAGAUGCCCAGACCCAAUUCAUGGCCUCCUUACCUCAUUUUUCUCUCACAGAUGUUGUGUAGAGUUUUAGAAAGCUUAAACUUUUGUUCCUUUUCAGCUGAUGAGAAGGCUCUUUGUGCGUUCCUGUGGUCGUCUGUUUUUGCAUAGCAGCUCUGUUUGCCUUUGAUCUCUUCCUGGGAAUGUUAGACUCCCACGAGCUUUCGGUACGGUUCAGGAUCUAUCCAAGCUGUCUUCUAAUCUAGUGGCUGAUUUUCCUCAGCGCCUCCCCAGACACAGACACUGCUCACUCGCAAUAAUGUGCUGGCCAUAAAUUAAAUCUGUGUAGCGAGCAACUUGCUGAGCAUGCAGCAGGGAUCGUGCUCUGUGUCGGAAAGCACGCGCAUCCACGGCCGAUUGAUGGUUAGCCUCCAGACCCCUCUGGCUCGUGAAAGGAGUUUGGACGUGCUCUGAAGGCAGCCUGUCAUUCGUUUGCCAGAGCUGUCCACAGAGAAUAUUUACAGCAUGUCGUAAUAAAACAGUGGGGUUUUAAUGAACACAUGCUCAGCUCUGGGGUGGUGCCCCCAUGGUACGUCUUUUGUAUCUUUAGUACAAUCAUUUGAGCUAAUGGACAGACCAAGGGGACAGAAAAGGGAAACCUUCAAAGGGCUUAUGUAGAACCCUACAACAGAGUAUUUUUCUUCAGAAAAAAACAUAUACUACAUAUACUAUACAUAUAUACUAUACAUAUACAUGUACUAAAUACAUCUUCAGGACAGAGAAGUUUACGCUUUGCGGUUUCUUGGUAACAUGAGUUGAUUUAUUAACUUCAAGAGAGAGAAAAAUGAGAGGCUGGUGAGGGAACAGCGUUAAACGCAGCUCCAUUCUUCAGCGGAUACAGUGUAAUCCUUGGUGUGUUGCUAUAAAACAUUUCAGGAUGCGCUAUUAUCGGAAAACAAGCAACUUCGAGAUGGUAACAGUAACUCCACUUCAUCACACCAGCUUGCUGUUGAUUAUUUUCCUGCAACAGAAUGACACUGAGUGUUUUAGUCAACAGAAUGACAAUGAGUGUUUUAUUCCUUACUGGAGUUUAAUUUCACAGUGAAAAAUUUAUAUCAGUGCCUUAUUUUGGCAUUGCUGAGUUGUAUUUUCAUGAACUCACUUUUAGUCCUGCUCUAAAGGAAGUGCACUGACAGGAAAUGGAUGUUGCUGAGGGAUGAUUUCAAUAAAACAUGCACAUGAGUGUAUGGACGACUGACAUCCAGCACUGAUCCAAAAAGGCCAGACUCACUCCUAUGCUGAUAUUUUAAACAGAUUUUAUUUAAAAGCCAAAGCUAUCCACUACCUGACCAAAGGUCAUGUCCUUUUCUGUCUCUGUAUUAGUGUGGUUAAUCCAGCUCCUCUGGGUUCAGGGUUCUCUGUGGCCUGUUGGACGAGGAUGAGCUCAACCCGCUAAUGAGAGGCUUUUCUCUAGCUGAGCUUCAGCAGUUCUGUCAGGCUUAGCAGUGAAAGCAAUCAGGCACAGUGCCACUGCUUAUGUAAGACACUGAGGUAAACUAUAUCAGCUUUCGGCUUCCAAUCUGAAAAUCAUGCAGAGGCUGUCUGUGGUCAUUUUGUACACGUUUUCCAGAGAUUAAUUUUUAUGUUAAAAUCAUUGAGGGGUUUAUUGAUCCAUAAUUAAUUCCAUAGCCAGUCUGCAAAACGGUUAAAAAGUGUCCAAAUGAUAGAACAAUGGAAUUUUUUUUGCUGUAUUUAAAUAAUUCAUGUACCACGCCCAACAUGUUAAAUGCACCAUAUGUAUAAAUUCAACAUUCAAACACAAAAAAGAUUUAAUUUGCAUAUAAUUAGCAUAACAUCAUAGUAAAUUCAAAUGCAACAUAAUAUAUGUGCAUUCUCCCAUACCAAGGUUCUCGACUGAACUCAGAGAAAUGACACUGAGGCCUCUUAGAUAUUUAAAAGCAUUUAGAAGUCAUAAUACUUGUGUACACAUAUAGUAAAUUUUGCUUUUAAAGUGCCACUGGUUUGCUUAUUAAGACUAUUUUGGUUUUCUUUUCUUUUCUUUUUUUUUUUGCAUGCCCUGCCAUUUCAAAUGUACUAGUGACUAAGAAAUUCAGAGGUUUCUCAUGGGUUCUUUGGAUAGUUAAGGGUUCAACUUUUUUGAUAAAGUCAUAGGUGAAACCUUUAUUGUUAGGGAAACACCCAGUCGAUGUUAAAUUAAUAUUUAUGGAAGGUAAAUAGACACAAAAAAAAAGUGCUACAGAAAUCAAGUUGAGUCGAGGUGGGCGGUUGCACUCUGGGCAGGUCUGUUUUUAAAAGCCAAACAGCUGAAUUAAUUCUUCAGUGAAUUAACCUGUGGACAGAUCUACCUCUGGGCCAAAUGUAGUUGUGUGAAUAUAAUACACACCUAUCAGCCAGGCAGAUUAGUGUAUCCUGAGACUUUUAUAGCUGCCACUGAGAUUUAAGUGCUUCUGUUGUGCUUUACCACAAAAGCCAAAUCCAAUAAAAGUCCUAAAAGAGAAAUGAAACCCCAGGAUGUUUUUAAGGCUGUCAUCCAAAAAGUGAUGAAAGUGAGCUAUUUUAUGCAUUCACUGUCAGCACCACUUUUGUUUUCUACAGUUAGAUUUCUCUUUAUCCCUUCGGUGAGGUUCUUAUUCCAAGAAUUUCUGUCUUCUUUGUCCUAGAUCUCUUAGGAGUAAGGUAACAGGAGGUGAAGUGUUUGACAGUGUAGUUGGCAAGGUGCCAUGUUGGAUAGGAUUUGGUUUGGUCCAAGGUUAAACAGUGUUACCAAAGCGUCCUCGCUAGCUGGUUAGCUAACGAGCUCAUUGGUUCAUUGGUAGUGUUAUACACCCUAUAAGGUAAUAUGUAUAGCAAUAUUCGGUGGCGAACCUUUGUAGAAAGUGUUUUCCUCCCUUUUUCUGGAAGCUAAUAAUCCAUAUUUAUCAAAUGAACUCUUAAAGAGAUCUUGAACCUUUUUUUCUAAGAGUGUGUGCAGUAACUGAGUACGAUUGUGAUAUACACUCCAAAUUAUUGCUCUUUUUUUUCUUCUAUAUAUCUAGAAUCUGUCAGAUGUUUACCUUUUAGCUAAGCUGUCUUAGUAUGAGGGAAGGGGGCAUUGCUGCCUCAUAGCUCCAGGGUCCCAGGUUCAAUCCUGAGCUCGGGUUACUGUCUGUGUGGAGUUUCACAUCGAGUCCACAUGGGUUUCCUGUGGUUUGUGGAUUGAUGACUCUAAAUUAUCCCUAGGUGUGAAUAUGUGUGUGGUGCCCUGUGAAGGACUGGCGCCCAUCCAAGGUGUAUUCCCACCAAUGUUCUGGGGAUAGGCUCCGGAUCAACCACAACCCUGACCAGGACAAAGUGCUUGCUGAAGAUGAAUUAGUUAAUUAAUAUCUCUUGGUACACUCUUAGAAAAAGGGUGUUGAUUGGAAGGGUUGAUUGGAUAAUUAAAGGAUCUGAGGUUAUAAGGUGACUGAUCACUCUGAUAGGGGAGAAUCAGUCUGACCAAUGACCUGGAGAAGGAGAUGGGAAUGAAAUUCCCAGCCACUGACACUUUUGAUUCUAUAUAACAUACAGUCUGUUUAUGAUGCUAUAAUGGAGCGCCCUAAUAGGGUUCUGCUGGGAACCAUUUCUGAUAGGGAAAUACUCAAUAUUCAAGAUGCAAGCGUUGCCACAUACAGAGAGUUAUACAGAAUACGCUUCAUAGUGAAAGUCUUCAAAGCAGGUAGCAGUUUCUUGAUAGUAGAAAUUCUUGGUAACUGCAACAAUUUUAUAACAAUAUUACAAGAAAGGUGUAGACAUAAAGUAGACAUAGACAUGUAGUAAGACACAUAAAGCCAUAGUAAUGUGCUAAAAAGAAUUAUAAUGAAGGACAUAGUACAACACACACGACAGUAUAAGGUGCUCAUGUGGUGGAGUAUAAAAUAAAAAUUGUACAAAAUGUUGUAUUAAAACUAUUUUCUACACAGUUAAACACUGUAUACACAAGAAGACAAGACAUGCUUUGCUUGCACAUACAAGAAACUCUAUUGUAGGGUUCUACAUAGAACCUGUAAGGGACUUCCCAAAAAUUGUUAAGGGGUCUAGAAGACUCUUCAGUACUAUGACUCUUAUCAUUCUUCCCAUCCUUUAAUGUUGUUUAAUCCUUUAAUCCCAGUCUUCUGAUCUGUACGAGAGUAGCCUCAUUCCACUCCCCUUCACCAGGUUGUACCCUUUUUGCCCUUGCUGACAAAAGCGAGGUUUAGAAACAACGGGCCAAUCAGAUACCACAGCAACCCACAGAGGAGACGCUGAGCUGCAAGACGUCCUUCCCCUCGAGACCAGACCCGUCUUUCUGCUUCUAUUAUUUAAAAAGAUUAUCAUCAUCCUUUUUUUUUCUCUCUGAGCUGCUAUGCCGGGCUUCCAUUCAAAGCCGGAUUGUGAAGUCACGGACGGCUGUGGAGAAGCCUGAGCCGAGUGGGAACCUUCUGAUUAUGUCGAUAUGUCUGUAAUUAUAGACCAACGACUGGUUCUGUUGAGGAACAGAGAGGAGACGUGAGGACGUGACCCCUUGUCUGAAAACAAAGAGCUGAUAAUGUACAUUCCUCUAAAAUUGGGCAAAUCCUCAGGCUGAUUUGUGUCAUCAGAGACAAAUUAGUUUAUUAAAAAAAAAGAUUUUGGUGAGCUUCUUAAUUUCCCGUGUCUCACAGAACCCAGAAGAAAUGUUGCUUCUGCAGGAGGAGCCCUUGAGUUUAGCUAAACACACAUCACCGUUUGUUUAUUUUUAACUUUCUGAUGAUGGCCAUAAUUGUGUCAUUGUAAUUCUUUGGAAUUUUGACUGUUUUAUAAAAGGAGCUUUCUUUAGCUUGACUCGCUAUGCUGCUGUGGAGUAAAUGAUGAUAUAAUGAUGUGAUGUGAUACCGUUGCCACAAAAGUUACAUUGUUUGAGGAAUACACACUUUAUGACUAGUACUGAAGAUAUCUUCAGUAUUGUUUUAUUUAUUGGCUUCUCUUUAUGAUUCUGCCACUAGGUGGUGGAGGCAUUAUGUUUUGCGGUUGUCUGCCUAUUCAUCAGCUUGUCUGUCUGUUCUUCCGUCUGUCUGUCUGUCUGUCUGUCUGUCUGUGUUUCUGUCCAAGAUUCUUAUUGGUGCAAUAUCUCAAGAAGGAGUGAUUGAAUGUUUGUAGGCUCUAUAUGGAACUAUCACUGUAACCAGCAGAAGAAAACAGAUCGAUUUUGGAUCUGAUCCAAACAGGGUCAAGGUCACAGCAAGGACAAAUGUCUGAAAUAGCAGCUCAAAUUCUCUUGAUUUUCAGCCUCCAAAGUUACAGCAAAGGCAAACAGUCUUCUUAUCACACCCGGUGUUCCCGGGAUCCACCGCCACCCUGACCAAGAUACUGAAGAUGAGUGAAUCAAUCAAAGAAUAGCCAAUAUUCUUUUGGACUGGUAUGACCUUUAUAAUAUUCUAGGACUGGUAUGACCUUUGUUAAUGUUAUGGCGUGCAUAUAAUGUUAGAUGCUUUUUAUUUCAUAUCAGUACAGCGUAUACAUUUUAAUGCAUAUUUUUGCAAUUCAUAUCUGUGAUUAUGUGCCCUGCUGAGGAACAGGGUGUAACAUGGUGACAAAAGUGGUUUGGAUAGCAAACCAUCUGACCCCUGUGUGUGACUUUGAGAGAAUGUGCUUCAUCAGUGCUGCACUUUUAGAGCUGAGCCACACAACACACUCCUCCGUUUUCACUGCCGUGUCAUCAUUUAAAACGAGGAGCAGAUAUACGGCAUUGUGAAAACAUGGCACUGCGUUUUUUAAUGUUGUGUGUGUAUGCAUGUGUGUAGACACGCUGUAUCCUGAAAUGCUGUGUUCUUCCCUCUCUUGGUCUUUGUGUUGCUGAAUCAGAGGGAAGUGGGUGGAUCGCAUGCAGGACAGGUUACGAGGUUGUGCGUAGGGAGCGAGGGAUGAGGGAGGGAAAGAGAGAGAGACAGCUGAAUAGCUGUUAUCGUGUGGGAGAGAAUGAGUGGAAGGAGGGCUGCGUCUGUCCGCCUCACUCCCGCACAAGAGCGAGAAAGAGAGUGUGUGUGGUGUAGUUGGUGCAGGCGCUGGAAUCUGGCAGUCCUCAUCGACACUGCAGAGAGGACACGCUUGCUCGCUUCAGUGUCGCUCGGUGCUCUGUCUGUUCCUCCACUGUGUGUUCUUCCGGUCUUCUAGGCGUCAAUCAUGGUACCAUCACUCACCCUGGCAGACACACACACUCAGCAUGGAGAGGUGGGGAUGGUGAGUGUGUGUUUGAGGGUGAUUACGCCGUGCCUCCUCUCCCGGUGACUGAAGGAAUGCAGCACAUCCGCAUCAUGGAGGGAGUGUCUCGCUCUCUGCCCUCCUCACCACUUCUGUCUCACCAGGCGCUCAGCAUGAGACUACAGCCACUCAAGAGACUCCCAGGAGAAGACAAUCAGGAUCUGGGUCCCCCUCCGUCAGUGGACGAGGCUGCUAAUACCCUGAUGACGCGACUCGGGUUCCUGCUUGGGGACAAAAUGGCCGAGGGGUCCGACAGAGCCGCAUACGGCUUUGAGGAACCAGAAGAAAGUCAGGCUGUCUCCAUGACUCAGAGAAUCAGUCCAUGUUCCAGCCUGGCCAGCAGCUCAGCGUCUCCCCCUCCUGGCAGCCCCUGCUCCACCCUUCCCGCUGGUGGUCCAGGCAGCGCCGGUGCCUACGGCUCCAUCACGAGCCCCACCUCCACGCUGGAGAGCAGAGACAGUGGCAUCAUCGCCACACUGACUAGUUACUCGGAGAAUGCGGAUCGGGGCGGGAAGCACAGCGAUGGCUCACGCCUCAAACUGCGGCAGACAGGGAAAUCUUCAGGCGGCGACUCCUUCCUGUACCGCGUGGACGAGAACAUGGCCGCCUCCACAUACAGCCUCAACAAAAUCCCAGAGAGAAGCCUAGAGCACUCCGCCUCCCACUCCGCCCACUCCAUCCCCCUCUACCUCAUGCCCCGCCCAAACUCUGUGGCCGCUACGAGUUCUGCUCACCUGGAGGACUUGGCGUACCUGGAUGAGCAGCGCCAGGCUCCGUUGCGGACGUCCCUGCGAAUGCCACGCCAGAACUCCGGCGCCGGACGAUCCGGGAAUGACCUAAGAGCCUGCACUAGCAUCCCUGCCUGGCAGUCUAACUCAUUGCGGUUCGCACCGUACCGCGCACCGGACAUCGCCCUGAAGCCGCUGCUGUUCGAGGUGCCGAGUGUGACGCCUGACUCUGUGUUUACGGGACGGGAGUGGCUGUUCCAGGAAGUGGACGCUCAGCUGCGCAGCGGUGAAGCCACCAGUCGGGGCGUGGUCAUCGUGGGCAACGUGGGUUUCGGCAAAACCGCCAUCAUCUCACGACUGGUGGCUCUGAGCUGCCACGGCAACCGCAUGAGACAGAUCGCCUCAGAGAGUCCGCACGCCUCGCCCAAACAUGGAGACACACUGCCCCUCAGUCAGCCCCAGUCGGCUCAUGGGACGCUGGUUGGAGGCAGCAGUUGCCCCGGGACACCUGAGAUGAGGAGACGGCAGGAGGAGGCGCUCAGGAGACUCGCAUCUCAGGUGGUGGCGUAUCACUACUGCCAGGCGGAUAACGCCUACACGUGUCUGGUGCCGGAGUUCGUACACAACAUUGCGGCGUUGCUGUGUCGAGCUCCUCAGCUGCAGGCGUACAGAGAGCUGCUGCUGCGACAGCCGCACCUACAGAGCCUGCUCAGCCUGCGCUCCUGCGUCCAGGAACCAAUCACGGCCUUCAGCCGCGGCCUGCUCGAACCGCUGCACGCGCUGCACAGGGAGCGUAAGGUGGCAUGCGACGAAGAUCUGAUCAUCCUGAUUGACGGCCUGAACGAAGCCGAGUUCCACAAACCGGAUUACGGCGACACGAUCGUGUCCUUCCUGUGUAAAACCAUCGAGCGUUUCCCUCCAUGGCUCAAACUGGUGGUGACGGUCAGGACCUCGCUACAGGAUGUCACUCGGCCGCUGCCGUUCCACCGGAUAUCUCUGGACCGUCUGGAUGAGAGCGACGCCAUCGACUCGGACCUGCAGGGUUACAUCCUGCACCGCCUGCACUCCAGCCAGGAGAUCCAGAACAAUGUGGCACUGAACGGGAAGCUGGACAACGCCGCCUUCGCCAAACUCAGCGCUCACCUGAAAGGCCUGAGCCGCGGCUCGUACCUAUACCUGAAGCUCACGCUCGACCUGAUUGAAAAGGGCUACCUGGUCCUAAAGAGCUCCAGCUACAAGGUGGUGCCGGUGAGCCUGGCCGAGGUGUACCUGCUGCUGCUGAACAUGCGUUUCCCCACGCAGUCAUCGUUUGAGCGAGUGCUGCCGCUGCUCAACGUGGCCGUGGCGUCUCUGCACCCGCUGACGGACGAGCAGGCGCUGGGGGCGGUGAACGCUGGGGUCGUACGUGGCAUGGCGCUCCACUGGGACGACUUCCAGCAGCGCGCUGAGCUCCUCGCACCCUUCCUCAUGAAGAGGAGAGACGGCACGCGCAUGUUUGUCCACGCCUCCUUCAGAGAGUGGCUCAUCUGGAGAGAGGAUGGAGAGAAGACCAAGUUCCUCUGUGACCCCAGGAGUGGUCACACACUGCUGGCCUUCUGGUUCUCGCGGCAGGAGGGCAAACUGAACCGACAGCAAACCAUCGAGCUCGGCCACCACAUUCUCAAAGCACACAUCUUCAAGGGUCUGAGUAAGAAGGUCGGGGUUUCCUCGUCUGUCCUGCAGGGGCUGUGGGUGUCGUACAGUACAGAGGGUCUGUCUGCUGCCCUCGCAUCCCUGCGCAACCUCUACACCCCCAACAUCAAGGUCUCUCGUCUGCUCAUUCUGGGCGGAGCCAACGUGAACUACCGUACGGAGGUGUUGAACAACGCUCCGGUGCUGUGUGUGUAUGCACACCUGGGUUAUAUGGAGAUGGUGACGCUGUUGCUGGAGUUUGGCGCUGAUGUGAACGGAGCAUCGGAGAGCGGCCUCACACCGCUGGGCUACGCAGCCGCCGGCGGUCACCUGACCAUCAUCACCACCCUCUGUGCCAAAAACGCAAAGGUGGACCACGUGGACAGGAACGGUCAGUGUCCUCUGGUGCACGCGGCUCUGAGAGGACACCUGGAGGUGGUGAAGUUCCUGCUGGAGUGUGAGUGGAGCGCUGAGGCAGCUUUCAGCAAAACACACGCUGUACAGCAGGCCCUUAUAGCAGCAGCUAGCAUGGGCUAUACUGAGAUUGCGUUGUACCUGCUGGACCUUCCAGAGAAGGACGAGGAUGAGGAGGAGCGCCCUCACAUCAACAGCUUCGACACGCUGUGGGGGGAAACAGCUCUGACUGCAGCAGCAGGCAGAGGGAAGUUGGAUGUGUGUAGGUUGUUGUUGGAGCAGGGAGCCGCCGUCUCUCAGCCUAACCGCCGCGGCAUCGUGCCGCUGUUCAGUGCUGUCCGUCAGGGCCACUGGCAGAUUGUGGAGCUUCUUCAGAAUCACGGCGCUGAUGUGAACAUGGCGGAUAAACAGGGCCGCACUCCUCUAAUGGUGGCCGCGUCUGAGGGUCAUCUGGCCACGGCAGAGUUCCUGCUGGAGCAGGGUGCAUCAUUGGCCCUGAUGGAUAAGGAGGGGCUCACGGCUCUGAGCUGGGCGUGUCUGAAAGGCCACCUCCCAUUGGUCCGUGCGUUGGUGGAGAGAGGAGCGGCGACGGCUCAUGCUGACAAGAGCGGCCGCACGCCGCUGGACCUCGCUGCCUUCUACGGAGAUUCAGAAGUGGUACAGUUCCUGGUGGAGCACGGCGCCAUGAUCGAGCAUGUGGACUACAGUGGCAUGAGGCCUCUGGACAGAGCCGUGGGCUGCAGGAACACAUCGGUGGUGGUAGCCCUGCUGAAGAAGGGUGCCAAGAUAGGUCCAGCAACGUGGGCCAUGGCCACCUCCAAGCCAGACAUCAUGAUUGUCCUCCUGAGCAAGCUGAUUGAGGAAGGAGAUGGAUUCUACAAGAAGGGAAAGGUGAAGGAAGCAGCCCAGCGCUAUCAGUAUGCCCUGAAGAAGUUCCCUCGCGAAGGUUUCACUGAGGAUUUGAAGAGUUUCCGUGAGCUUAAAGUCUCCCUGCUCCUCAACUUGUCCCGUUGCCGCCGCAAAAUGAACGACUUUGGCAUGGCGGAGGAGUUUGCCUCCAGAGCUCUAGAGUUGAAACCCAAAUCCUAUGAGGCCUUUUACGCACGAGCCCGCGCCAAACGCAGCAGCAGGCAAUUCCACGCAGCCCUGGAGGACCUGAGUGAAGCCAUACGCCUGUGUCCCAAUAACCGCGAGAUCCAGCGUCUGCUGCAGCGUGUGGAGGAGGAGUGUCGCCAAGUCGCUCAGCAACAGCAGCUGGAUCCACCUCCUUCCCCUCCCCAUGAGCAAGCCCCUCAUCCUCCUCCGCUGGAGCCCCGCCUGUCUGACAUGGAGCCAGUGCAGGACCUGUUUGAAGAGGACGAAGAUUACCUGGAGCGGGAUUUGGAUGGUCUUCCACUAGCUGUGACUGCCGAGCCUCGUUCCAGUCCUUCAGGUCUGCCUGUCAUUCAGAACAUGCCACCUUCCCCAAGCCAUUUACCCUACCUUUCCGGAAGCGCUUCCAUGGGCCAGGCUUAUGAUCUGCGGCCCAGUCCUCCUUCCAUGUCCUCUCCGACUCGCCAGGGUUACCAGUCCACCUCUCCGUCGCUCUCUCCAACUCACCAGACCUCCCACUAUCGUCCAAGCCCUCCUCACACCUCUCCGGCCCAUCAAGCUUCCUCUUCUUCCUCCUCCUCAUCCUACCACUUCAGCCCCCCUCCCUCGCCUUUACGCCGUGGAGCCUACACCUCAGAGAAUGCAGCCAUCUACAGACCACAGUCUGCCUCUGUCAGCUCAAACCGCUAUCAACAAGAGGGACUUUCUGGCAGGCCCAAAUCGCCGCUGGCUAAAAUGGGCAGCCAGCGCUCACUGCAGCAGCAAACCCAGUGGCUGCAGCCAGCCAAGGCCCAGAUCAUCCGCACAAAUCAGACCAGUGCCUCGGUCCACUCCAGCGCUUACUCUCAUGUGGCCCAGUCCAUGAGAGGACAUGUUCCUGGGGAUGUCGACGAGCUUGGGGAGGUAGCCUAUUCAAGCCCACUGCAGAUACAGGGCAGUGUGUACAUAGAAGAGGAGCUCCCUCAGAGGCCCUCACAUGCAUACAGGCCCAGCAUCACAGGCCCCCGUUAUGGUCAAAUGGCACCACAGAUCAGCCGCAGCCAGUCAGCUGCUUAUUAUCCCGUCCAGCCACAUGAAAUUGAGCGCCAACCUCAGUUAUCAUCACCUGAGCACCCUCACGGUCUCCGGCGCCCACUAAGUGCCACUGGCCCUACACCACGGCCGCUCAUCCACUCUCAGAGCACUGGCCUGCGCUUCUCACCUUCUAGCAGCAGUCUGGCAGCAGGAUCCACCUCUAAUUUAGGUCCAGGCUUCAGGCCCUCGGCUUCAGCACAACAAAUGGAAAUCCCACUGAAGCUGGCAUAUGAGGGUGGAUACAGCGAUGACCUGUCACCAGUUUCUCCACCACAAGGCACUGACAUGCGACUUUUAGGGGGGACUUACCCAGGUGAGGCUAUGCGGGCACGCAGCACGCCCUUCAUGGGCAUCAUAGACAAGACAGCACGGACUCAGCAGUUUCUUCAGCAACCUUCAUCAUCUUCCUCUUCAUCACGCACUUGGGCUGUGUCAUCUUUAGAUACUGUGGUCUCCAGCCCUGCCACAUCACCUGGCAACAUGACCUAUGGGCACCUUGCCUACUACAAUCGCACCAACAAUGCCCACAACGGACACCUAGUGGAGGAUGACUACUAUCGGCCAGAUAACACAGGCCGGGUGAGUCAGGCACCCACAUACCCAGACGUUAAGGUGGCGCGAACGCUGCCGGUCUCGCAGGCCUAUCAGGACAGCGACUACAGACAGGCGGGACAUGGGGAGCGCCAAGGUCCUUCCUCUCCUAUCAAACCAAAGAGGCCCUUUGUUGAGUCCAACGUUUGAGGCACAAAUUGUAGAUAUGUACUAGGACUCACAUGGUUUCCCCCUCACUUUGAUGUAAUCCGAUCUUAAAACUGAAUAUAUGGACCUGAAAGGAGAUGUUGUAGAAAGCAUCUGCUUUGGGAUCAGGACAUGCAGGAUACUUCAGGAGCCUCAGUUGGAGUGGACCGCCAUAACUGCUGUAUGCUAGCUAGGGAUGCGGCAAUAUGGGAUAUUAGUAUCAGUCAUACAGAUAGUCUGACCACAUGUGGCUUUCAGAAAAGGGACAUUUCAUCAGUAGUGACCUUAAGCUUUGUUAUUUAGAUGGACAGUAGUGCUACAGAGCAUAACGCAUCCAAUAUGCAGGACUUGUGCAAGCACAUCUGGUGAUUUAACUAUAAAAUUUCAUUGAUAUAAAUUGCUUACAUUUGUAGGAAAUGGUGGAACAGAGCUUCUCAACAGUCAGUACUUACACCUGACACACCAAGCUAUCUGAUGUCCUUAGUUUUUACUGCAUUUCCCACAUAGUUAACGCUAGUUGACUGAUUAAAUUCCUCAGCAUACUUCAUGGAGAAGCAACAUUUGGCUGGCUUCUACAAAAAAUAUAGAUAGAUAGACUUUAUUGAUCCCAUGAGGGAAAUUUUUGAAAAGCGGUCUUCUCACAGUGUGUCAUGGGACAUCCAGGCUCUGUCUUCUUAAUGUAAAUCUUUUUCACUAUAGACGCAAUGCAAAACCUCGACUCUGGUGGGACUCGAACCCACAACCUUUGAAUCACUCCACUAAGUGCCACUUAGAAGUCCAAUGCGCUAUCCAUUGCGCCACAGAGCCACAUAUUUGGCACACAGAGCCAAAUAUGAUGUAAUUGCACACAGCAUGUGUGUUCACUGUGUCGUGCACACGGCAGCUAGGCAAACUGCAAACACGAACACACUAUGCUCACUACAAACUAAUUCAUCACAAGAUGGAUGACAUUGAAGGACAGUAAUCUUUUUCCUGUAGUCAGAAAUCACUAAGAAAUUUUAAUAGCUCCACCUGAAGUACUGGGGCACUUGAAAAAUCGCAGACUAUGCGAGCUUGUAAGCAGGCUUUACGCAAACGUCACAGACGCCAUCACCAAAAUUAUGUAUGCUGUGGUCUUAAGUGUUGAAUAUUGGUCGGAAAGCCAGAGAAAGCUGUUUGAUUGGCUGUUCAGCUGAGCAAAUUGUUAAAGGGAAAGAAACACCAAAUCAAGCAAAGCAAGUCCUGCUUAACAUUUUUUAUCUGCUCUACCCACUUGUUUGCACCAAAGAAACAAAGCAAGAUCAUUUAAAGUGGUUUCAAAUGAUGUGAAAAUGAUAGCUAGGCUAGUUUGCUUGGUUAAAAUUCAUACUCCUGCACUAAAUACCAUAAUGUGUCAUGACAGUAUAGGUACUUAUUCUGGUACAAGAUAGGUGGAAUACCAGGCUUUGUCUUUUUAGCAAUUCUGGCUCUUCUGGCUUUAUUUAAAUUUUGAAUUUGAAUAUAGACUAUUGCCCCCUGCUGGUAAGAAAAGUUAUUUUGGCUGUUCAAGUGUGUUUGCUAGUUUUUUGACAUUGGCUUGGUAUGUCAGGGUCCUAAGUCUGAAUGUUUUACAAGGCGUUAGUUAUGCCUCCUGCCUACAUAAUGCAUUACAGCAUUUUGACACUGUGUUGAGUGCACAGUAUGUCUGAAAUCUUGCACCCGAAGAGAUCAGUCUGAAGUUUGUUCCCCUCCUACCUCUAGGGGAAUUGUUUGAAUUGAACCAUUGUGUUGCCAGGCUCUGUCCUUGAUCUGAAGCUUUCCUGAAGCCUCUUCUGUAUAUAUGGCUGUAAAAGGUGAUCCCAAAUCAAUGUGUACAUAGCUAAAGUAAUGACAGAAAAUAAGGAAUAUUUAUCAGUUUAAGUUAUGUUUGUACAAAAUUAUAUAUAUACACAUAUACAUACUUUAUUUUGCUCUUGGUGCCAUUGUGCUCCGCUUUCCUGCUUCUGGUAGGUCAGUAAUGUGAAAUUUUUUACCUGCUUUAAGGGCAAUUUUGGUUUCAUGGAAAUGUUUCCUUGAUCAUUUAAAAUGCUGUGCUGUGGUUUGCGGAUGUAAGGAGGUGCUGCAACAUUCACGAGUAUAAUCUCAAACAUCAUCUCGCGUCAUGUUCACAUUUAUGAAGGCAACAGAACGUUAUUAGUGUGUGACAGAUUUUUAUUUGGGAGAGGAUAAGGUCGUUGAGGCUUCUUUUCAAUUUUAGACACUUUUCCAGAUGACUUACAUAAUUUUACACACUUUCACAAAAGGUUAUUAAUUCUCUUACAUUGUAUUUAUUUCCUUGUUUCUAAUUUUUUUAACCAUUUGGAGUGGCUUCCAUUAAACACCUGAUUAUGCUGUGUUCAAUCAUCUUUCUGUUUUCCCUUCUUUCUUUUCAGCACUGUUUUGUUAGGCACUUUUCCCUUUUUAUGCUAACAGGACUGGAAACUUUGUGUCCUCUGUUUUAGUCAAUCAUUUUCAACUGCUGUCGAAAAAGGGUUUUUUUUUUCUAAUGUGUUGAAACUAAUUUUUUAAGGUUGAUGUGUAAAUGAUUGUACAAACUGUGCUUAAUUAGAAUGCAUGCUCUUUGCUGAUGCACACAUUAACGUGUGUGUGUGUGUGUGUGUGUGUGUGUGUGUAUGAGUUUUCACCUAUCAUUAUAUAUAUAUAUAUAUAUAUAUAUAUAUAUAUAAUGGGGAAAGGACUUGGCUUCAAUCAUUUCCCUCAUUCCCACAUUUUUUCCCACAGGUUUUGUUUUUUAUUUCAAUUUUAUAAUGCUUCAGUUGUAUUUUGUUUUAAAUCUAGGCUUGCUAUUAGCAAAAUUCGCUGUACAUGGUUUUAAGUGGGAGUAAAAGAAGAGUAAAAGUCAGAAACAUGAAUGCAUUUUUAAUCCUGUUUCAUGAUUGUAAACUGUACAAUCAGCUGUAUGUAAAGGAGAAAAUAAUGUACUAAUUUAAGAACUCAAAGAAACUCCCUCGGGCUGAAAUGA